GCUUGGCACACGAGAAUUUCCUAGCAAAAAGCUUCCCCCACUCUCAAAACGUCGAACCGAUCAAGUGCUCGACCGAGUCCCACGACGACAAACCGAUUUCCGUUCAACGACAUCGACAAUCGCAAAAAUGGCUGAUCGGGGAACUGGUGCCCGCGGCGGCGGCUUUGCUUCUCGCGGCGGUGAUCGUGGUGGCGACCGUGGUCGCGGUGGUGACCGUGGCCGUGGCCGUGGUGGUCGCCGUGGUGGGCGUCGGGGCGGCAAGAACGAGGAGAAGGAGUGGCAGCCCGUCACCAAGCUCGGCCGUCUCGUCAAGGCCGGCAAGAUCAAGAGCAUGGAGGAGAUCUACCUGCACUCGCUCCCUAUCAAGGAGUACCAGAUUGUCGACUUCUUCCUGCCCAAGCUCAAGGAUGAGGUCAUGAAGAUCAAGCCCGUCCAGAAGCAGACCCGUGCCGGUCAGCGCACCCGGUUCAAGGCCAUCGUCAUCAUUGGCGACUCCGAGGGCCACGUCGGUCUCGGUAUCAAGACCUCCAAGGAAGUCGCGACUGCCAUCCGCGCCGCUAUCAUCAUCGCUAAGCUCAGCGUCAUCCCCGUGAGGCGUGGUUACUGGGGCGCCAACCUCGGUCUCCCCCACUCUCUCCCCACCAAGGAGAGCGGCAAGUGCGGUUCCGUCACUGUCCGCCUUAUCCCUGCUCCCCGCGGUACCUCUCUCGUCGCUUCUCCCGCUGUGAAGCGUCUCCUCCAGCUUGCCGGUGUUGAGGAUGCCUACACCUCGUCGUCCGGUUCGACCAAGACUCUCGAGAACACCCUCAAGGCGACCUUCGCGGCCGUCUCCCACACAUACGGCUUCCUUACGCCCAACUUGUGGAAGGAGACCAAGCUCAUCAGGAGCCCUCUGGAGGAGUUUGCCGACACCCUCCGGGACGGCAAGCGGUACGCUCAGUAGAGUGCUGGACGAGGGUGAUGCUCGGUCAGCGGGGAAAUGUGCUUCGGGGCGUCUGUGGGUUUUGACUUUGCAUGGGCUCCGGCAAUGGCAUAGGAUGAGGCUAUCGAAAAUUUAACGCGAUCGGCCUAAAUCAAUUUUACGAUUUACCAACGACGCU